CUCAAAAAGUGGACGCUGUUGAUGCACGGUGUCCAGCAGGAGUUCUAUGGAGAAGAGUUAAAAUGUUUGGGAGAUGAGAUUCAGCUCUCAAAAAAGAGUCCACUGAGAAAGUUAAAUCCUUUCAUCGACGAGGAUGGACUCCUUCGGAUUGGAGGACGCCUUACCAACGCUGACUUACCCAGCGACGAGAGACAUCCUGUCAUACUGCCCAAAACUCAUCACAAUUCAACUCUAAUAGUGAGACAUUACCAUGAGGAUGUUUUCCAUCAAGGUCGUCAUCUUACUGAAGGUGCCGUCCGGUCAGCAGGAGUGUGGAUAGUGGGAGGUAAAUGGCUGGUUUCAAGUGUUAUCUAUAACUUUGUGACCUGCAAGAAACUGAGAGGGAGGUUGAUGGAGCACGAAAUGGCACCACUACCAGCUGACAGACUCACCUCAGAACCCCCUUUUACCCAUGUCGGUCUGGACGUCUUUGGACCAUGGAGCAUUGUCACUCGGCGCACUCGUGGAGGUAGUGCUGAAAGUAAGCGAUGGGCAGUGUUAUUCACAUGCAUGAGCACGAGAGCGACACACAUCGAAGUGUUAGAAUCCAUGUCCACUUCAAGUUUUAUAAAUGCCUUACGCCGAUUCUUUGCUAUCCGUGGGUCAUCCAAACAGCUUCGCUCCGACAGAGGCACAAACUUUAUUGGAGUGUGCAAAGAGUUAAAAUUCAACACCAGUGAUCCAGAACUGACAAGUUUUCUUGACAAGCAGGGAUGCACGUGGACUUUCAACUAUCCCCAUUCAUCCCAUAUGGGAGGUUGUUGGGAAAGACUGAUAGGAGUAGCACAUUGCAUUCUAGAAGGGAUGUUGCUGCAGUCUGACACGAAACACCUCACACAUGAAGUGUUGACGACGCUGAUGGCAGAAGUCAUGGCCAUUCUUAAUGCCAGGCCAUUGAUUCCAGUGUCAACUGACUCUGACAAUCUAACAAUAUUGACACCUGCAAUGAUUCUCACUCAAAAGAUAACUCCAGUGACAGCGCCAGGGGACUUUGAUCAUAAGGAUCUUCACAAAAAUCAGUGGAAACAAGUGCAGUGUCUGGCAGAGAGCUUUUGGAAACGAUGGAGACAAGUGGACUGAUGACAACCCAAACAUACAAGUAGAUGAUGUAGUUCUGAUGAAAGACAGUCAGGCUAAACGGAAUGACUGGCCAAUUGGACUUGUGGUAAAGACAUUGCCUAGCAAAGACAAGAAAGUCCGCAAGGUUGAAGUUAAAGUUGUGAGGCAAGGAUCAACAAAAACUUACAUCAGACCCAUCUCAGAGCUUGUUUUUCUUAUGUCUAAGGACUCAUAAAGUGAUGGACAUUCUGAUACGUAAUAAUACCGUUCAUGAAUGUAAUUAGUGAUUGAUUGUAUAUUGUUUUGUUGAUUAAUUUUUGAGUAAUUAAGAUGUUGAUAGUGGUAUAAUAAUAUACCAGGCGAGGAGUGUUCCGCCCUUCAGCGUUUAGUUCGUUUCCUAGUCGGACCCGUUUUAGUGACGGACCUAAUGUUCGAGCCGAGCAACAGCGCUGAAAUCACCCAUGAGUCUGCGUCAUUACAGAGUUUGGUCAAAUCUUUGUCUCGUACCAGCACCGGAAGCUGUCACAGAUUUGAAUAAUAGAGUGCUCACAAAUAACCUCGUGUCCAUAAUGAACAUGGAUGUGACAAGCUGCCAUUCAAAAGAAUGGAACUUUAUAAGGUCAUGAUAGGUGCCAUCCAGAAGUCACAACCCGGCAUCACAGAAGCUUCCAUUGGUAGCCUGAUGGCCAACCAUUUGCGCGCUGCACCGGACAGAAGAAGGGGCACUGGGUGCUGGAAGGCACUUGAAAUCUCUGGAAGUGUGAAUGCAUAGCGCCCCCACUGUAUUACACUGCUCAAAAAAAUUAAAUAAAAACAUAUCAGA